GCUUGGGAGGCUCUGGCAGGGUGAAGCCGCGAAGAUCCGCACGCCGCCUCUCCCCCCACCUACCCACCCCGGGGCCGGGAGCUCCUCCCAGUCUCUCUGCGAGGAGGUGGGGGAUCCGAGAGGCCCCCAGCGAGUCCCCGGGGAGGGCGGGCCGAGGUGCAGUGCCCGGAACAAAGGCCCACAGAGGGGUCCCGGAGAGCGCGGCUCCCCGGGGGCGGGGGCGGGCCCCCUCCCUCCCCCCUCAGCUCCUCCCUCUCCUCCCCUCCUUCCAGCCAGAGGCCGGGCCGGCGCGCUGCCCAAGCUGCGCCAACUUCGCCAACGGUUCCCAAGUUGCUGGGCGCGCAGGGCUGGGAGCUGGGUGGGGUGAGGAAGGAGAGGAGGAGGAGGAGGAGGAGGACGAGGAGGAGGGCUCCCCGGGCGCCUUGGACGCGGUUCAGGAAUCCGCCGCCGCCGCGGGCCGCUCGCGGGCUCGGGCCCGAGCGGGGAGGGCGCCAGGCAGGACCGCUCGCUCGCUCGCUGCGCAGGACGGCGCCCGCCUGGCGCCGCUUCCCGCUCGGCGUGCGAACCGGCGGGGCCGCGCCUCCCUCCCUCCCCGCCGCCGCCGCCGCCUCCGGGGGGGCACAGAGCCCGUGCCGCGAGGGAUCGGAGCCGCUGAGCUGCUUCUGCCGGGCUCUACGCAGAGGAGGGCAAAGUUGCGAGCGGAUGCUGCAAGCGCCGGACCCCAGCCGCGGACAGUCGGAUCCGCCCCCGCCGGAGGAGGCUCGGCGGCCGGGGACAAGGGUGUCCCCCACCUGAAGACGCGGAGCCAGGUCCUGAGCGAUGCUCCUGAGCUGAGCGCCCACGGGCCCCCCCUUUCCCCAUGGAGAAAGGACUUGCUUUCCCCCAGGACUGCCGGGACUUAUUGCACAGCCUGAGGAUGAAGAGCAAAUAUGCCCUUUUCCUGGCUUUUGUGGUGGUGGUUUUUGUCUUCAUUGAAAAGGAAAAUAAAAUCAUAUCAAGGGUGUCAGACAGGCUGAAGCAGAUCCCACAACCCCUGGCAGACGCCAACAGCACCGACCCAGCCCUCAUCUUGGCCGACAAUGCGUCCCUUCUGUCCCUGAGCGAGCUCGAUUCAGCCUUCACCCAGCUGCAGGGCCGCCUGCGAAACCUCAGUCUGCAGCUGGGUGUAGAGCCAGCAGCGGAGGCCGCCGCCGGGGCCCAGGGCGAGGCGGAGGCCAAGGCCAAGGAGCCACCCCGACCCCGCGAGGCCCGGCCGCGGCGCCACGUGCUCCUCAUGGCCACCACCCGCACCGGCUCCUCGUUCGUGGGCGAGUUCUUCAACCAGCAGGGCAACAUCUUCUACCUCUUUGAGCCGCUGUGGCACAUCGAGCGCACCGUGUCCUUCGAGUCGGGAGGCGCCAACGCCGCGGGCUCGGCGCUCGUCUACCGCGACGUGCUCAAGCAGCUGUUCCUGUGCGACCUGUACGUGCUGGAGCACUUCAUCAGCCCCCUGCCGGAGGACCACCUGACCCAGUUCAUGUUCCGCCGCGGCUCCAGCCGCUCCCUGUGCGAGGACCCCGUGUGCACGCCCUUCGUCAAGAAGGUCUUCGAGAAGUACCACUGCAAGAACCGUCGCUGCGGGCCCCUCAACGUGACGCUGGCGGCCGAGGCCUGCCGCCGCAAGGAGCACAUGGCCCUCAAGGCCGUGCGCAUCCGGCAGCUGGAGUUCCUGCAGCCGCUGGCCGAGGACCCCCGGCUGGACCUGCGCGUCAUCCAGCUGGUGCGCGACCCGCGUGCCGUGCUGGCCUCCCGCAUGGUGGCCUUCGCCGGCAAGUACGAGGGCUGGAAGAAGUGGCUGGCCGAGGGGCAGGCGCGGCUGGGGGAGGAGGAGGUGCAGCGGCUGAGGGGCAACUGCGAGAGCAUCCGGCUGUCGGCCGAGCUGGGCCUCCGGCAGCCGGCCUGGCUGCGCGGCCGCUACAUGCUGGUGCGCUACGAGGACGUGGCGCGCUGGCCGCUGCAGAAGGCGCGCGAGAUGUACCGCUUCGCCGGCAUCCCCCUGACGGCGCAGGUGGAGGACUGGAUCCGGAGGAACACGCAGGCGGCCCAGGACGGCAGCGGCAUCUACUCCACGCAGAAGAACUCCUCGGAGCAGUUCGAGAAGUGGCGCUUCAGCAUGCCCUUCAAGCUGGCGCAGGUGGUGCAGGCCGCCUGCGCCCCGGCCAUGCACCUGUUCGGCUACCGGCUGGCGCGGGACGCCGCCUCCCUCACCAACCGCUCCGUCAGCCUGCUGGAGGAGCGCGGAACCUUCUGGGUCACGUAGGGGGGCCCCCUAGCGCCCCGCGGGCGGUGACACGGUGGCUCUCGCCGAGGGCGGGCGGGCGGGCGGCGGCCACGCGCGGGGCAGGCCGCCCUUCCGCCGUAGAAGUAGGCCCCCCGCCAGCUAGCUCCCCCACUGCAGCCUUGGGCCCGGGGUCUCUCACCGAGAACAGGACAGUGCCGGUCCGUGAGGGCCGCCAGACCCAGACCUGAGGGGCUGCGGUCUCCUGAGCAGGCUCCCCGCAGGCCUGGAACUUUUGACAAGCCUUUUUUUCUCGGUCACUGUCUCUGUCUCUGUCUCUGUCUCUGUCUCUCUCUCACACACACAGACACACACACACACACACACACACACACACAAGCAUACACCCAAAACUACAUAAAUGCCUGUAGACCCCGUGGGCCAGAGUCCAGAUGUUUAACCCGAAGGGGCUUUGGGCACCCACCAGCUGCAGUCAGACCUCCUGCUGUACUCACUGUUCACCUGUCAGUCUCUGGAUUUCUACACAAUCCAGUGUGGAAUCUGCAUGGGUCUGAGGGGAGGGGCUGGAACAGCCCAGAAUGUCAGGAUGACCGCUAGGGCUUAUCAACCAAGAAUGAUUCAGUAUUUUCAUGAAUGGAAUCGCUGUGCGGGUCACUGACAUCAGCCCUGCGUAGAACUACAAAGCACACAUACACGUGUAAAAGACAGGUACCUACAUAUACCAGACACGGACACAGAAACAUCAUAGAAACACAAGUCCACACACCUACGCACAUACCCACCACAGGCUUCCCUGUUGCUUUAUGCCCACGGAAUUGAACUAUCACACACCUAAAGAGCAGCCUUUAAUUACAUUUUUAGAAUUAUUUAGGGACAUGGAAGGAAACACAGUCAUGGGCCAUGACCCUGUUCUGACCAGGUUUAGGACUGAGCGGUGGAUACAGGACCUCCGAGUCUGCGGCCCCUGCACGCCUUAGAUUCUCCUGGCUACCUCCUCUGGCCCAUUCACAUCCUCUCUGCUGGCAGGCAGGAUGUUUUGAAAUGAUGUGGCCAGUCCUCACAUGACUGCAGCCCAAAGGCCCCGUCCCAGCUCCACUGGCUCCCUGAGAGCGAGUCCAUAUUUGAAGGCUGCCUCAGGUCUGACUGGAGGCAAAAGGCAGCUGAGGAGUCCUGCCAUUUCCAGCCAGGCCUCGUGUGGGGCAGGGCCCAGAAGAGUGCAGAGUGCCCUUUAGGGAGAAGUCACAUCAGGAUACCCCUCCCCCGAGAAGACAGGGGACAGAGGUCAGCCUCAUGGUUGGUCACCAUGGUUACAUGUUCGUAUCUGUAAUUCCUCCUUUUAGGGCCCUGGGAAAAGUGUUGCUCAACUUGGGGUAGGCUGGGUAUUUUAUCUGGGUGUUUUUUUUUUUUUUUUUUUAAAGUUAUUUAUAGUUUGGUAUCUUGUUUUGUGGCUAUGUUUUUUUAUUUUGUUUCUACAGAAGUGCUGCGUGACAGCAAUCUGGGCUUUAGGGGGCUGGGAGGACCAGCAGGGAGCACUCUGGCUCUUGCUGGAGGGAGAGGAGGAGGACGAAGAGCCUUUUCCCAGAAGGACCAGAGCCUGGGCGGCCACAUGGCAACCCACAGUGCCCCACGGGCGUUUCUGUUUGAACCCCAUGUGGAACAAAUCUCAGAAACCACCGGUGUUCUUUGCUGUGUGUCCAGAAGCAACAUAAAUUAGCCCUCAUCCUCUCCCUGAGACGAGGCCAGAUUUGAACAUCUCUUUCAGGUCCAAAUGCAUUUCCUGGGGGGGCAGGGCCUAUGGCCAAGCAGCAGAUGCCCCCACAGUGGAGGUCCUUUUCUACCCCCAGCCCAAACUGGGGAGCAAAGCUCAGUCCACCCCAGAACUCGAAGAGCUGCCCCAGUUCACUAGGGCUGUUUCUGAUUUCCUGGACAACUUCUAUGUCAGAUCUAUCCUGUUGUCAAACCCAGAGGGCUGAGUUUUGGAUUGAGUAAUAUGGACAUGAGGGAAAGAGAGGAUCUGAGUCCAGCUGGUGCUGCCGUGGGGAAGGGAGGAGUGUGUCCGCCCAGCAGCUAGAAGCUGCUGUUUGAGACGGUGAGGACUGUAGCCAUUUUGUGGGGUCUCUCACAAUCACCACAUUUGAGCUGCUGGGUCUCCAUGAACUUCAAGUCGUUCAAGGAGGCCUCCAGUCUAGGCUCUCCAGUCCCGAAAUAAGUUGUGCGGGGAGCUGGCUCUGAUUUGGGGUCCAAAGGGACUCCAGCUCUGAAAACUUGACCCUGGGGCAGAGAGAGACCAGGAUGUUUCUGGAAGCCCAGAAGCACUAGCUGUUUUUCCCCUCCCCACACUGUUCCCCACACGGUUCCCCACCUGUGGUUGGUGGGGGCUGGGGCAGGGACGGAGGCAGGUACCUCCAUCUGGGGCUCUUCUUGGGGCCCUCCUGGUGUGGACAGCAAACUUCUUCCUUCCUUCCUAUGCCUCUGCGGCCAAGGUCUCCACCCCUGAGCUCUGAGGACUGUGCGGAGAAUGGACCUUUGGGACUUCUCAGGACAUUGACAAUUUGUACACUGCAAGUUGACUUAAUUUAUUUAUUUUGUGACAAAGAAGAGACAUAAGAUACCUUAUUUUUUGCAGGGACGCAAAGCUGUACCCAAAUCAAGAAAGACAAAAUAAUACUAGAAACCGUUGACUCACUCCAUACACACAAGGACACUCGAAGACGAUUCAGAGCACAAGACUAAAACCGAGGGCGCGGAGCUGUGCUGGCCCCAGGGUGUUGUUUAGGGAGGUACCUUGGUUUCUUCUUGUUGAUUUGAAGAUGCGGCAUUUAAGGCCCUUUCUGCUGUAUUACCUUUGCCCUGGUGUCUGAAACAGGGCCCAACUCAAGCGAGUGUUGCCUUGGGACUCGGCAAUGCUCCCGGGAACCCUCGGGGUUUGGGGAAGGACGGGGUGGGGGCGACUACUGACUUUAUUCUAUGGGGGGCCUGGUUGGAGUCACGCACUUGUGGUUUUCAGCAGGCAGCUGGGCUGAGGAAGGUGGUCCAGCUGGGCCAGUGCCUCCUUUUCCAGUGAGGCCAGUCCGGGCUUCUCUACUCUUACUGCUCCAUCAGGAGCCUCUCCCCUGUAUGGCGUCCACCUGCCCGCAGACAGAGGGAGCAGCUGAGGCCUCACCUCUGGGGCUGCCGGCUUCCCCGGAACAAGAGGCCCAUUCAGCAAUGAGUGUUUACUCAUUUUCUUUUUCUUGAUGAAGACCUCUUUAGCCCGGCCUAUAUAAAUAGUUCAGAACAUUCCAGGCCUUGGUGAGACAGGGUAGUGUCUAACACCCACAGGCUGUCACCACUGCUGCCUAUUCCUGGCUUCUCCUCUGGCCUUGUUUGUAAACCUCGGAGAGGAUGAGGGCACCAGGUUGGGGGCAGGGGUCUUUGGGAACAGUCGGUGGGGAGCAGGGUUCCUGAGUCCCCACAGAGAGGAAAGAAAGCAGAUUCACAACGCUGUGGCACACCCCCACCUCCCGCAGUGGGUUAUCACCAAGUUAUUACUGAGAUUGAGAGACAUGAACAAAUUCUAGCCUUUGGUCCCUUUAUGUGAUACACACACUUGAAAAUAAAUAACUAAAUGAAUAGGAAAAAAAAAAAAAGUUUACUGAAGAGUUUACUCCCCGUCUGCCAGUAUGCUCAGCCUGGAAGCUACUGCCAAAGGCCGGUCUGAUGGGGCAGCUGCCGACCGGACCCCUGAGAGCAGAGGGCCCACCCAACCCAUUCCAGUGACAUCUUUCCCCACCACCUCUAUCCUGUCCUUUGCCCUGUCUGAUGAUGAGUGAGAUCCAACAGGAGGUCAGGGGAUCCCUGUCCCGGAAGAUGGGGGCCUGGUCUAAACAUGGAAGCAUCAGGUGGUCUGGUCCCAACCCGGAAGGUCUCUUCCAGCCCUGGUGGUCCUCUCGCACAUUAGGGCCUAUUUUAAUGGCCUGUAGGGCCUGGAUUAUGGAGGACAGGUGCAGAAGACCAGACGGCUGCAUCUCUGAGGCCAUCCCUCGCUCCCAAUCCCAUGGCUGAGCACAAAGGCAGGUCCUGGGGGGAUGGAUUCCUGGGUUGGGGAGAGGUGGGGGUGGGGAAGCAUGUCUGCAGAAACCAAGUAGGCCUUGCUGAUCUGUACUAAGUGAAAGGAGCACCCGCUGAAAUCCAGGGGUCCCAGGUUGGUGGGUUUGCUAGUGAAAAUUCCCAGGACGUGGUCCAGCUGGACAAGAGGCAGAAGGCCCAGGGCUUCCCGAAUGCAACCAUAUCGCCUCUCGGCUGCCCACAGUUUCAGGAAUACUGGAAGCUGCUCUUUACCUCAAAAGGACAAAGCAGAAUUGGCAAAUUCAGAUGUCUUAAGAGCUUUGAGAUCCUUUGGUCUCCGUGUCCUCUGUCAUUCCAGGACUAUAUGCCUGGGGGACGAAUUGGUUGUAUGUGUUUCCACGGAUAUGAAUGCAGUGCCAGCCCCAUGGACCCAGCUCAUACUGUAGACCAGGUAUUUCAUUUGGGAAAAUACCCUGCUUCCUCUACCAUUGGGCUUGAAUUGGGCACCCCUGGAGUCUCCAUCUCGUCUGUAUGUUCCAGGCCAAGUUCGCCUGGCUCCCCUGCUCCCUCCUGGAUCCUGCAAACUCUGUCUUUUUUGCCAAGACCUCGACCCUGUGUCCUGUUUCAUGGCCACAUGGUACGGGACACUCCCUUUGUGGCCCUGUGUGGCCAAGGUGUGUACAUAAUGGUGUGUACGUUGCUCCCGCCCCCUUGCCAUCAGUGUCCCAGAUGUCCUUGCCGUGGCUACAAUCUGCCGUCUCCUGGAAACGCAGGGGCUGCCCUUCAGAGAGCUGGCGGCCACCGCCGGUCAGGGUCUGCUUUGCGGAACAGAAUGUGAACCCAUCACUUGAUGGCUUACUUGACUUAUUUAAUUAAAAACGAAAACAUGCAAUGAGCAAAAUCUGAA